AUGCACAUCGUUAUGCCCAUAUUCCAAGACGCUAAUGGUCUCGCAAUAAAGUUCUUCAUCCAGAAAGAUAUCGCUCAGGAAAUUCAGUCCGAGUUGUGUGAAGUCGUAGCUUCAUUAGGUGGUCGCGUAGAAGCGAAGGUCCCAAGACAGGGGUACGUAUUGGUCCAGCCUGGUACCGCGGAGGAAGAGCGUCUUCGCCUGUGCUGGAUGAUGCCGGAUCGACCUGAGCGUCAUUUCGUGCCAUAUACAUACGUGGAAGCCUGCAAGAUUGCGGGCAUGCAGUUGAAGCAGAUCUUCGUGGAAAACGGCUUGCCCAUUAAGAUGCACAUCCACCCUAGCAUUGCUAAUAUCAAUGCACGCACAACUCUUAGUCAGAGAAUCAUGCAUUCUGGUGGCGAUCCUACUUCAUCUGCGCAGUCUGCUAAGAUCAUCCUUGCAGACCCGAACACAGAAGUCUUCCAACAUCUCGUCAAGACAUACCAAGGCAUUCCAGACAAAUAUGUCGAAUCCUAUCUGUGGGUAAAGAAGUGUGUUGAGAAGGGUGCUCUUGUAUACACCCCUCUCAUCUACAAGAAUCCUGGCGGUCGACGUCCGGGGGAAGAGAGAACACCAUUUACUGAAGAAGACGAACGGCGUUUGUGUGAAUGGAUUGCAGCAAAGAUACCAUAUAAGCAGACAGGCGGGAGAACUGGAAAUAGGCUCUACCAACAGCUGUGCGAAAUGAUUGCGGACCCAGAAUACGCAUGGGUUUCGCGUCAUACGUGGCAGUCCUGGCGCGAGCGUUACAAGAAGAAUGCAGUGCGAUUAGACAACAUGAUUGCUCAAAUUGUUGACCAGAAGAAGCCGGUUCCUGGGGAACAGGGGCAGUAUGGCUAUGUCCGCCAAGACGAAGAAAAACCAAAACGCCCAAGGAAGAAACGUACCAAACCUGCCGAACAGAAUUUGCAUAACCAGGAAAUGAUAAUUGGCGGUAUUAAUGGCAAUGGAGCAGAAGUACCUGUGAUUGUGUUCGAUGUGUCAGGGAUUGAUCCAGGACCGUCUACAUCAAGAGCUGUCAUUCGAAACAGCCCCGCGGAAGAAGAAAUGGAGGAUGGUGAAGACAGUGAAGAGUGGGCAGUUCGCAUCGGCGAUGAACCUCCUCCGAAUUGGGGGAAGCGACCUGCCAGUGAAGAAAGUGACGGUCAAAGCCCUCGCAAGAGAACGAGAUCCAAUGAUGCAAACUCUAUUCACGAUUUGUUAGAUUCUGGCAUCCAUCUCGUCGACAGGACGUUGCAGGAAAUUGCCACGGAGUACAGGUUCACACUGGAAGAGGUCAAAGAGUUUUACGAUCAGUGUGGGGAGAUGGAACGUACGAAGACCCGGUUUCAAAAGAUGCGGCAAAUACUGUCGAGUAUCGGAGAAUCUUAACGCCCAGGCCAUAUUUCUUUGUACAAGGGAUAUAUCUUUUAAUAUCGUACGCAAUGUAUUCUACGGAAGAUCAACUUCAGUAAG